UUCACUACCAUUUACGAGUUUUCUCCCUCAGCCAUUCUAAUCUCUAUCAUUUCCCAAUGCUAUCUCUCCACCUUCUCCCCGGCGGCGCCAAUGUCAAACCACCAUUUUUCCCGGCGACCCUUCUCAACACCUCAACCCCACCCACAUUCUUCCCUUCCAAAACCCUAACCCUUCAAAACCCCAAACCAAAACCCUUUUCCGCAACCGCCCUCCUCCAGUGGAACCGCAAGCCCGAACUCGCCGGCGAAACCCCUCGCGUCUGCGUCGUCACCUCCGGCAAGGGCGGCGUCGGAAAAACCACCACCACCGCCAACAUGGGCCUCUCCCUCGCCCGUCUCGGCUUAUCCGUCGUCGCCAUCGACGCCGACGUCGGCCUCCGGAACCUCGACCUCCUCCUCGGCCUCGAGAAUCGCGUCAACUACACCGUCGUCGAGGUCCUCAACGGCGAUUGCAGGCUCGACCAAGCCCUCGUUCGCGACAAGCGUUGGUCCAAUUUCGAAUUGCUCUGCAUUUCAAAACCUAGAUCGAAACUCCCAAUAGGGUUCGGUGGAAAAGCCCUAAUCUGGCUCGUCGACGCUCUGAAAUCGCGGCCGGAGGGGUCGCCGGACUUCAUCCUGAUCGAUUGCCCCGCCGGAAUCGACGCCGGAUUCAUAACGGCGAUAACUCCGGCGAACGAAGCUGUUCUAAUAACAACCCCUGAUAUCACAUCCCUUAGGGAUGCUGAUAGGGUUACCGGUUUGCUUGAAUGUGAUGGUAUUAGGGAUAUAAAGAUGAUAGUGAACCGGGUUCGAACCGAUAUGAUAAAAGGUGAAGAUAUGAUGUCGGUUCUUGAUGUGCAAGAAAUGUUGGGUUUGCCUUUGCUUGGUGUGAUUCCUGAGGAUUGUGAAGUUAUUAGGAGUACUAAUAGAGGGUACCCUCUUGUUUUGAAUAAGCCUCCUACGUUGGCUGGUUUGGCUUUUGAACAAGCUGCAUGGAGGCUUGUGGAACAGGAUAGUAUGCAAGCUGUGGUUGUUGAGGAAGAGCCCAAACGUGGGUUUUUCUCCUUUUUUGGUGGCUAGGAUUUGGAAAUUUUGUGUGUUUUUUUUUUUGUUUGGCUUUUGUAGCAGGGUUUGUAAUGGUUGUAUUGAGAUGCAAUUUGUUUUGGGCUAGGUGGAAGCUGUGUACAGUUUGGGGUUAGUGAAGCUUGUCUUUCUUGAUUUUGUUCAUUCAAUAUCUCUUUUUUUCUAUAAUUGACUAGUAAAUAUAUUCUGUUAGU